GAAGAAGAGGAGGAGGAGGAGGAGCGCCGGCACCGGCACCGGGCGAGAUUGCAACGCGUCCGCCCGCCUCGGGGAGUCGCAGUCGAGGAACGGAGCGAACAGGCGGCGGGCGCCCCCUGCAGCCGGGACAGACUCUGAAAAGUUUUGAUCCAGGGGAAAAAUAUUUCUCUAGUACUUCAUGGAAUGAUGUAUCUCAUUGGGACAAUGUUACUAAAAGAAAGAGAUACAGAACAAAUCCAUAUUGCUGCAGCUUGUGCAAAUUUUCAUCAAAAUUUCUUAAUUCUUUCAAAAAUCACCUGACUCGCUACCAUGAAGAUGAAAUGGAUCAAGAGUUAGUUAUUCCUUGUCCAGAAUGUUCAUUUGCUUCUCAUUCUAAGACAGUAGGAAAACACCUCCGAAUGUUUCACUCCAAGAAGAAAAUACAAAACUAUAAUGUGAGUGGUGGUAUGAGACAAUUCCGGAACGAUGCAGUAAACUUUGUAUGCCAGAAAUGUCAAUUUUCUGACAUGCUGUACUACAAUACAAAGAAACAUGUGUUGGUAAGCCAUUUUCAAAAUCUAAUAAGUACAUAUUUUGAGGAGAGGCCUGAUGAGAGCGAAGAGAAUUUUACUGACCACUACUGUAAAAAGUGUAAUGCUUUUGCAAAUAGCCGGGAUUCUUUAAUAUAUCAUGUCUUAACAUCUGAAGUACAUAAAGAUCUGGAGAACAUAUUGGGACGUGUAAUUUCAGUUCAGCCUAAAAAAACAGGACAAAUGAAGUCACUGCAGAUUAUCAAUAUUGCUCCAAAGCCAUCUACAAUCAAUACUGUUUCACAACUGAAUCCUACCUCUGUAGGAUCAAAUUCUACAUCAUGUUUUCAGCUUCCACUUCCAUCAGUUAAUCAGAAUCAAAAUACGGUAUCGACAAAACCAGUUCAUAACGUGGUUGCACCUUUGACUGUUUCAAGUAGCGCCAAUAGUAUGACAGCUUCAACUUCUGUUGACCGGUUACAUAUUGCCCUUCUUUCGGGUUCUCGCCCAGCAAAUCAGAAUACUGUUGGUCUUCAGCCUGCAGUUUCUCAGCCAGUCUUUGUUUCUCAUCGUUUCCCCUUAAAACAGCCAGUAAGACCCAGAGUUUUUUGCCUAAAUCAACCCACAGGAAACAUAAGCAGAGCUGUUCCUCCAGGAGUAAUUUCUUUCACUCGACCUAUCAGGCCUACUCUGCUUCCUGUAGGUAAUCAAUCAGUCAGAACUAUCAGCAAUCCAAUUAUGCCAGGGCCUGGUGCUAUUCCAGUUAACAGACCUUCAUCACCUGGGAUCCUUGCUGUAAAUCGGCCUAUUGGCAGUGGGCCUGGUGUUCUUCCAGUUCCCCAAACAAUUACAUCGGGAGUUCUUCAGUUUAACCAUCCAGUCACACCAGGGGUUCUUCCUGUAAACCCAUCGGCCGGACCUGGGAUUGUACAGUUUAAUCAGCCAGAAGUUCUUCCAGUAAAUCAGUCUGUUGGACCUGGAGUGUCUCAGAAUGCUACUUUACUUACCACUGGACCUAUGCUCAGACAGUUAAUUCCAACUGGCAAACAAGUUAAUGGAAUACCUACAUACACCCUUGCACCAGUUUCAAUGACUUUGCCUGGGCCACCAGGUGGUGGCAUGGCAACUGUUCCACCGCCUCAGGUGCCUGUUCAGUUGAUGCCAUCUGGCCCAGUUGCCCAGCUGUCUCAGGGACCUGCUACUGUGCCAUCUCCUGUUGCAGUAAGUUCUUCUACAAAUACUCCUACCAAGACUUCUCCAACCAGUACUGCAAUGAAUCUAGUUCUUAAGCAGGCUAAGCAAUGGAAGACGUGCCCCGUUUGUAGCGAGCUUUUCCCAUCAAAUGUCUAUCAAGUGCACAUGCAGGUGGCCCACAAAUGUAGCACAUCUAAGAGGGAGACGACUCGUGAAAUAGACAAAGUUGCAGUCUGUGCACCUUUUCUGAGGUGGCUAAAAGAUAAGACGGUGAGAUGUUUUUCUUGUAAAUGCUUUCUAACUCAGUCAGAGCUUUUAAAACAUAUUUUUGUCCAUGGGUUAACUUGCCUCUUCUGCACCAAUAUUUUCUAUGAUUUAAAAGGCCUUGUGACUCACACACAAACUGCACAUAAUGGAAAGAAGGAAUUGCACUCAAAUUACGAUGAUAAAGGGUUUCAGCUUGCGAGUGAUUCUGAAGGUCAGUUAGUAUUCCCUCAUUUUGACUUCAGUAUAACUUCAAAAGAACUUGGUGAAAGAGAAGUGCAUCUUGUUGUACUUGCUGGUGUAAAUUCAAGGACACUUAUUCCUUUGUAUAUCAAACUACAUCAAGAGGAUGCCGAAACAAGCAGAGAGAACAAGAACGUUUCUACUUGCCCUUUUUGUUAUGGUAUUUUCACUAGCAGAGAUGCUUAUGAAAUGCACUUGAAAGAGCGGCACCACAUCAUGCCAACUGUGCACACCAUUUUGAAGACUCCUGCUUUUAAAUGUAUCCACUGCUGCGGAGUAUACACUGGCAACAUGACUCUAACAGCUAUAGCUGUGCAUUUGCUUCGAUGCCGCAGUGCUCCUAAAGAGACCUCGCCAGAUAUGAAGAUGCAGGUUGACCUUGAUGUGAAGCAGGAUCUACCACUUAUGAAUGGGGAGAACCACGAGGAUGAUCCCCUUUCAGCCAAGAGGAAACAGUCUGAUCAUCUUUAUGCUGCUUCUGUUUCAGAAGACCAAAGCGAUGAGGAUCCGCCAUUCUUCAUUAUAAAUAAUGGUACAGCCCAAGUUCCAGCAAAGGAGGUGAAUUGUGUGCCUUCAAAACGACAAAAGUCUGAUCAUAAAACUGAAACCAAGGGAGAGACUUCGGCUGAAGAUCUUCAUCUGUUGGUGUUGAAUCCGAAGCCAUUCCAACAAAGCUCAAAUGAAGUCCAAAAAAGGUUUCUUGCAGAUUAUUUUCACAAGAAGCCAUAUCCCAGUAAAAAAGAACUACAAUUGCUGUCGUCCAUGCUACGUGCAUGGAAAGUGGAUGUUGCAUCAUUUUUUGGGAGAAAGAGAUACUUCUGCCUAAAGGCAAUAAAAAACCUCAAGCCAUCCGUGCUUUUGGGCUUUAAUAUGUCAGAACUUAAAAAUGUAAAGCACAGUUUGAAUUUAAAUUGUGAACUGGAAGAUGUAUAAUUUUUUUUUAAAAAAGUAGUCCUGAUAUCAGGCAACCAAGACUGCAUAUUACACCAGAAACUAUUCCACUUACUUAGUUUUUUUGUAAUAUUAAAAUAUUACUGUUCUCUGGCUACAUUUGCAUACAGUAGUAAAUUAGAAUUACAAAAAAAAAGAAGAUUUAUCAUUCACAAGCAUUUUUACUUUGCCCUUACCAGUCCUUAGUUCUGGUCCAUCACUAACACUGACUAUAAUAAGAAAUCAGCAAGAAGAAAAGGCUUAAUGCCAAAUUAAGAUUCAAAUUUAGACCUGGCUUUUGGCUCCCAAAUGAGCUGACUUGGAUGUGUACUUUGAAUUCUGGCUCAUUAGAUGUACAACAGUUGUGAAUCCUAGGUUUCUCCAUUUAGGUAAACACAGGUUACUGUGGUUCUGACUGGUGGAUGUGGUACCAAGGUUGAGUUGCAGUGCAAUGUGCUGCUUCUGAAUGAUAAACUAGAUUUUUUUUUUAGAUUCAUAGCUCACUCUUUUGUGUGAACACAAUCAGUGCCGUGGGUGUAUUUCAGAAUACCUGAAGUUCUAGUUCCUUUUGUUCUGUUUUGUUCCUUUGCUUAUGAUGUAGUUAUGUCCAUGGGAUUUUAUACAAUUGUGUAACAAAUUUCUAGAUUUUUUUUUUAAAAAAAAACAAUGGUUUCUAAAAAAAAUAAAGUGUAUAGUUUUGGUAACAUAUCAAAAUUGGUUAGAUGAUUAUAACAGCGUAAAAGAACCAUCCUCUCCAUUUAAAAUUAAGAUGCUUGGCUUUUAAUAUGACCUUAUCACAUUUAAAAAUGUUCAAACCUGACAGUGUAUAGGCAGUACCAGAUGCAAAAAUACUGUUAUUAAAACACUUGUUCCUGUAGGUACAAUGGUACUUCAUGGGAUAAUUUCAAAUGCUGUUUCUGAAUUUUUCCUUAGUAAGAAAUUCUAGAUCUUUAUAGAUGUGCCAUUGUUUUUCUGUAGCCUUGGUUUCCAAGUAUUGAUAAUGCAUCUUGGAUUAAAUAAAGUUAGGAGCUACCUGUUUAAUUAAGAUGUAUUUGUUUUCAUCAUAUAUCCCAAAUAUGCUACUAUAAUUUUUAAUUAUGCCAUUCUUGUUAGAGAAUUCUGUGAGGCGAAGCUCAUAUAUUUGGAAGAUGUCCAGGUUGAAAAAAUUGAUGUAGUCUAAAAUGGCUAUCUAGAGCUAACUUUACUUAAUGCUGUAGCUUGAUGCGAGCAUUCUAAUUCGCAUUUUGUUCCAGAAAAGUAUAGGUAUUGCAUUCAUGACUAUUAAUCCCUUUGCUGACAGUCAAGAGCAAUAUUGGAAAUAAGUUCUUGACACUUCGCUAUCUUGCUGUGAAAAUUGUCUUGGAAUAUGGGAUUAAAGGCAAUUCUUCAGCAAUCUAGUGUGGGAAUAUGUUGCAUUGUGACUGAUACACAAAUUCUUGGGUUAUGAUAAUGGCAGAAUGUGAAAGAAUGCUUGCCAUUUAUAAGAUUAGGAUCAUUUUUCUUCAAAAUGCAGAGUGAAAACCUCUGUCAUGUCGAUGGUUUGAUACUGCGAAUAGACAAUAGUUUUGUCUAAAGUUAUUCAAGAGAUAAGCCUGCUAGACAUUUUAAAACAAAAGUAAGGCUAAAGUUGUGGCAGUUUUAUUACCACUAUUUAAAAUAUGUUGGGGCAUUGGAUGAUUGAAGAGUUUCCUGAUCCAGAAGGUUAGUCUUUAGUCCCUAAAAGAUAACUAGCUAUUAAUUUGAACAGCAUAGCUUAUUAAUUGCCCUAUCAGAGAACAUUUUGUGUGCAGACUUUACAGUGCAUUUUAGUUAUUAAAAUGUUUCUUAUGGGAAGACUUGUUUUGAUGAAACUAAAUGUAAAUAAUCGCAAUUUAAGCACUUGCAUUGCAGGCUGUUAGAUUUCUACAAAUGACAGAAUUGUAAGAAGGUUUACUGGUUUGGUUUCUGUUCUUUCACAAAGCCUCAUUUUCUAAGAGUUUUAUCAAGGCAGAGAUAUUUAAAUAGAAUUUAAUAUCGCUGGAAACAUAGAAACUGAAAGGUCACACCCUGAACUAGCACUGAUAAUUAUGUAGCAGGAAUGAAAGACUUGGAAGACCUGGCCACUGAAAGCAUUCCUGGCUCUCACUUCAUCUUUCAGGAUUAUUGAGAUAAAUAUUAGAUUCUGAAGUGAAGAAUAACAUUGACUAAACCCACGUACAAAAUAAAAGGACUGCAGCCAAUUAAAGAUAUGAUGAUAGACUCCAAGAUUAAACUGAGGGGAGUUUAAACUGCUAUUUGGUCAAAAUUCAUACAGAAUAGUCUUAUUUUUAGAAAAGGAGAAUAAAUACACUUACUGGAUGUCAUUUCUGUUGUUAUUUUAAAACUACUGUAUAACUUUUGAUUUCUUGCCAACAUUGGAAAUGGAGUUGUUACAAUAGUAGUGCUUUUGCUUAAGAGUUUCCUGAAUUUCAUUUUAAUUAUUUGUAUCCUGUAUUAUUUUUACAAAUAACUCAAGGUGGUAAAUAUAUCA